AACAUACAAAAACGCAUUACUAAAUUUCAAAUUAUCACCGGUUUGAUAUGACUUGUGUGUGAAUACGGUUUUUCAACGAUAUGGUCUUCCUUCUUUGAAUGCUGCAAGGUAGAAUAUCAUUUACGACAAUGUUCGUAAUCUUAGCCAUCAUAUUGGUUAUUCUCGUCGUGAUUUACGUAAAAUGGACGAGGAAUUAUUGGAGAAGACACAACGUACAACAACUCAGUUCUACGCACAUACUUUUUGGCGACUUCAAACCCAUCAUAUUCCAAACGCAGCCGUUAUUCGAUUAUUCUCGACAUAUUUACAAUUAUUUUAAAGAAAAAAACGUCAGAUAUGGUGGACUGUAUUCGAUUUCCAGGAAAAUAUUUUUCACUGUUGAUCCUGAAUUAGUGAAACACGUACUGGUCAAAGACUUCGAUUAUUUUAUGGAUCACGGAUUGCAGCACAACGAGCAGCUAGAGCCACUAUCUGCCAACUUGUUUAACCUGGAAGGAGCCCGAUGGAAAGCGAUGAGGCAAAAACUUACUCCGACAUUUACGUCAGGAAAAAUGAAGAUGAUGUUCCCAACAGUUAUGUCUUGUGCGGCCGGACUGAAGAACAUUAUUGAAGAACAUGCGGUAUCCCGAGAACCAAUAGAGAUCAAAGAUGUGCUCGCGAGGUUCACGACGGAUAUAAUAGGCAACUGCGCAUUCGGUAUCGAAUGCAACAGUAUGAAAGAUCCCAACUCCGAAUUCAGGAUGUUUGGGAAAAAGAUAUUUGAGAGAAGUCUGUUUCAUUCCAUUAAAGCGUCUUUGGUGCAAGCAUUUCCCCAAAGCGUGGCCACCUCUUUGGGUAUACGAAUCAUGGACCACAAUGUCGAAAAAUUCUUCCUUGACAUGGUUAUAAAUAACGCCGAGUACAGGGAGAAAAAUCAAAUAUUUCGGAAAGACUUUUUCCAGCUAAUGCUACAGUUGAAGAAUCUAGGAAAAGUCACUGACGACGAGACGAUUACUUCACCUAAUAAGUCUGGCGAAUCCUUUUUGAGUAUGAACGAGGUAGCGGCUCAAUGCUUCGUCUUUUUCGCCGGAGGAUUUGAGACGUCGUCUAACGUUAUGGCUUUCACUUUGUAUGAAUUAGCUCUCAAUCAAGAAAUACAGAGCAAAGUAAGAGAGACUGUCAACAAAGUAUUGGACGGCCACAACGGUGAAAUUACAUAUGAAUCUAUUCAAGAGAUGACAUAUUUGGAAAACGCAAUCAAUGAGGCUAUGAGAAAAUACCCAGUAUUGCCGAUACUGCCCAGAAUAUCGACCAAACGUUACAAGAUUCCAGAUAGCGACUUGGUGCUUGAGGCAGGUACCAGGGUUUGGAUACCAGUUGCUGGUUUACAUUGGGAUCCGAACAUUUAUCCGGAUCCAGAACGAUAUGAUCCAGACCGAUUCAGCGAACAAAACCAGGCCCUCAAAUCCAACCCCGUGUAUCUGCCGUUCGGAGAAGGUCCUAGACAAUGUAUUGGAUUGAGGUUUGGCAUGCUGCAAAGUAAGAUUGGACUUGCUUCCAUAUUGAGAAACUUCAAGGUCACUUUAAAUGCACAAACGGCGACCCCUCUUGCGAUCAAACCUGUUUUCCUUACUACUGCUAGAGACGACAUUUAUCUCGACUUUGAAAAAAUUGAGUUAAACUAAACUAAAAUAAUAUGUUUAGUGCAGAUAUUAUGUCCAGACUAAUACUGACCUGAAUUGGAAGAAUUUGGGUUCCAAUCUACAUGACUAUUGGACCUAUGCUCUGCUUGUGCCUAUUCUAUGUUACCACAAAGGACAACAAAAACUAAAUUCAAACCCAAAACCAGCUUAGCUAUAACGAUGAAAGAUAUAUAAAAAAAAGUAGAUCAAAUUGUAAAGCUUGCAAGAUGUAAAGAACUUCACCACAACUUUCAGGAUAAUAGUCGAAAGAUAAAAUAAAAAAAAUUGGUAAGAUUGGCUUAAAUCAACUGUUUAAAAACCGCUAUAAUUUGUUCACAGUAACUUAACUUAAAUAAGCGUUUCCUAAGAAACAGUUUUUUGAUUUCCUGUAAAAUCUGAAUUUUAGUACAUAAAUUAUUUUACCGUUACAGCCAUAAUAUGUACGGUAAAAAAUAUGUGAACUAUCUAAAGCAGCUGCUUCAAAUUAUUUUGAAAUUCUCAUCAUCAUACUGUCAAAUGCAUUUAAUACCUAUCCAAUAUUAAUUUGGGUACGAAUUUUAUCUACUCUCUCUAACUGUCAACUAUUUAAAUCCGAUUUACCUUUUUCCAAUGAGAUACGUCCCUGACAGGUCCAUUGGACUUAUUUAGCUCCGUGCACAUCCUGGCCCAAA